GAUGAAGUAAUCGCGAGUGCAUGCUUGGGGGUUUUGCGCUCGUUUGUUGCGAAACUUUAUUCAUUUAUGGGCUUUAACUCGGGCUUUUCAAACAGUAAAUUAAGAUUUCGUCGUAUGUGGUUUCUGCGUGACACGAUCUGAAUUCAAUCCAUGAGCGUAAAAUGAAGAGAACGUCUGUUAAAAGAUCUAAAAACAAACGAAAAUCAGAAACAGGAAAAUGUUUGUAUAAAAAGUCCAAAGUUGAAAAAGACCCAGAAUCAGAAAAUAUACUUCCUUGUUCAACUCCUUUGCAAAAUAAAUCUGUAAGGGAUCAUGUAAGGAAAAUUUUAGCUCAUACUCCUUCACAUUUGAAUGUCACUGCUUCAGCGGAUCAAGGAAGUCCAGUCAGUGCUCCAACAAUUAGCCAGACAAGUGUGAAAGGAAACCUAACUAUAAAUCAAAACUUUACAGUGGUCUUGCAGAAUCCCUCUGAUGGUUAUCCUUUGCCUGAGGAUCACUCAGAUGUAAAAGAGGCGACAUAUGAUGACUAUCAAAUUCUGCCUUCACACAACACUGAACAGGUCCCUCAAAAAUGUGAAAGCUCUCAUCGUCGGAGACACUUGUCCUUCAAAAAUUGUCUGGAGCAACAUACAUUAACUCUUGCAGAGGUGAAAAAGGACACAAAUCACUUAAGAGAGGUUACUGUUACCGGAAAGAUUUUAGACUUUCAGCCUGCAAUCAGCAUUCUGCAGAAUGAAGAAGGGAUAAAUUAUUCUCAUUAUAUUCUGUAUGAUACCACUGCAAAAGUUCACUUGAGUUUAGCAGAGAAAUUUAUUGUAACCGUUAAUCAGUGGUAUAUAUUUAAAAGUCUUUCCAUCUGUGACUUUGGCAAGGGAAAUGUGCUUUGUUCAACUGAACUCACAACACUGGAGUCAUUUACUCCUUCAGACAAUCUACAGGAGUCUGGAGAGACCGUCAUCUCAGGGAAGGUCACUGAGGCAUUAUUGACCGUUGAAUAUAUCUGUUCAUGCGGUGCCACGCUCUCUUUCUCAAAUACCAAAUUGUUCUGUAUUAAAUGCAACAAGUGCAGAAAAAGCUGCAGGUGUGAAAAUGUUCAGAACAGAGCCAAGGCCAGUGUAACCAUCAAACAGCCCAAUGGAACAGACCAGAGAGUGGUGUUAAAUGAUGCACUGCUGCACUCUAUUAUCAGCUUCAAGAGAGAGGGAUACUGUGACAGUCAGCAGCUGGAGGACCAUCUGCUGAGAGCUGAGAGAAUGACUAUCGUCUGUGUGGAUGAUGAGCCUCGGCGUGUGCAAAUAGAAGCAGUGGAAAAAGCAAAGGAUGUGGCAAACAAAUCCUUUUUUUCUAGAUGCUGUGCCAUGUGAAGCCUUUUUCAUUAAAGGGUUAGUUUGGAACACAAAUGAAGAUAUUUUCAAUGACACCUGAGAGAUUUCUGUCUAUCAAUUUAAAGACUAUUCACUCAAAACUCUUGACACUCUGAAUGUUCGUAAAAAGAACAGCUAAUAAAUCCAUAUGAAUUAAGCAGUUUAAUCCAAGUCUUCUGAAGAGACAUGAUCACUAUAUGAUGAACAGCUUUAAUUUGGACUUUUAUUCACAUAUGAAAAUUGAUCAGCAAACAUAAACAGAAGUUCAACCAUGUCUGCUUGUCAAGCAAGAACAAACCUCAUUGGAUCUUGCUAAAGCUCAAAUGUCAAGAAUGAACCUCAUUGGUUCUCGUUAAAGGGCAAAUUAUUAUUUUUCCCCUUGAUGUUGUAAUAUUGAUCAUUAAUGUAAUUGCAUUCAUUGCAUAAAAGGCCACUGAAUUCCUACGCUCAACAGAAACGUGUAACAUGAAAUGUCGCUGUAAUGCUCAACGCAGCAAAAAACAAUGCGUAAAAAGAAAUCUGAUGCAGCAUUUGCAGAUCUAAAUGCUGCAAAUCGACACUUCAUUCAUUUUCACUUUAAUUGUGACAGCCAUAAUAGAUUUAGUUUUAUUGUGCAUGGGGGAUUUUACUCCCUUAUGCUGUAUUUGUGGCACAUUUGUGUUCAUUUUGAUGGUAUUUUUGCCCUAAGCCCUUGUUAAUUUCCAGCCCUGGAUCGUAUAUGUUUUUGUCGAUCCCAUCCAUUUGCAUUAUUCCAAUUUAUUUUAUUGCUGUAAAUUGUUUAAAAAAAUUAACAAAUUAAUCGCUAUUUUUUUCUGUAAUUUAUUAGCGAUUAAUCACAUUAGUAUGAUAUAUUUAUAUUGUCAUAAUUUCAAAAUGAAUCUCAAAAUUAAUAUAGAGAGAACAUAAAUAUGGUAUAUUUUAAAUAUAUGUGUUUAAUGUCAUCUUUUUACUAUUAAUGUACUAUUAAUGAAGUCCAGUAUCAUUGAUACCAGUGUCUUAAAUAUUAAAUGUCUAUUGUCCUUCAAUUUUAGCCAUUAAACAUUACAGUACAGUACAGUAAAGCCAUUAUUUUUAACAUUUAAUAUGCUUUGAAAAAUAUAACUUUUAAUUUAAGUGAACUUAAAACAAUCUUCACAUAAACUGUAAAUUAUUUAUGUAUAAACUAUAAAUUGAAUAUAGAUGCAUUUAUAUUCAAUUUAUAUCUAACCUAUAUUCAGUUUAUAAACUAUCAGCAUUGAAUACUGAUUAAUUGUAGUUCUUUCCCUCACUAAAGCCGUUAAGUACACAGUCUUGGACCUUUUCCUUUUUGUCCAGUUUUUACAUUUUACAAUAAUUCCCGAACCAACGCUGCUCAAAAAGUGGACAUGCACUAAUGCAAAAAAUUUUCUUUUCACUUGUUCACAAAAACAUGUUCAACACAGAAGAUAUACAGUAUAUGCAAGUCAUUGUAUAUGGAUAGAAUUAGAAUAAUGAAUGAAUUAUGCAUUUACUGUAGUUAAUAUUUAACCAAUCAUCCAUCCAUUGACUUGGCAACAUGCAUACAGUAUAUUACAACUCUAUAAACAUUUCUACAGUUGUUUCUCAUUCAUUAAUGUUCAGUAUUUGUUAUUUCCUUUAGUUUUUUCCUUCCUGUUUAUUUAUGUUGUAUGUUUACUGCAUAUGCCUGUAGAAAUUUUGAAAUUUGAUUAGACAAAAACAUCACAACAGCCAGACCACAUGAAUUGACAAAAAUGAUACUGUCUGAACUCCUCCAUUAUUCUUCAACCAGAAAAACAGAAAAAAAAAGCUCAACACCCCAGCUAUCAUAUUAUCAUUGUAAUUUCUUUCUUUUAUAUAUUCAUAAAUUUAACCUUGAUAGCUUUAUUACAGACCAAGGCUUCAGUCAGUUUAUUGGCAUGUUGCCAUGGUAACCCUCAGGGUCAAAUGAAACCUUGUUAUCAUUGGUCAUAUCAGUGGUGUAUGUUGUAAUAUCUGCACGCACAGAGUUUUCUAUUUUCUGUG